AUGAAAGAAAACAAUCCCAUAGACCUAGGGUCCCGUCAUAAGAUCAUUGUGGGAGUGGACUAUGGAACCACAUUCUCAGGUGUGAGUUGGGCAGAGUCCACCAAGACGAGGUUGGAAGAUAUCAACGUCAUCAACACCUGGCCUGGACAUCGAGAUUCGACAUGGAAGGUUCCGUCGAGGAUAGCAUACGCAUCUGAGAAUAAAAACAAGAUCCCUACAGACCAAUGGGGAUUCCAAGUCUCGCCAAACCUGAUGUGCUACUCCUGGACCAAGCUGCUGCUGGACAAGAGCGCACAGCUUACAGGGUACGAUGAUCCAUCGCUAAAAGACUUGUUUGGGUCUGGCCUGAUGAGUCUGCCCAAAGGGAAAACCGCACAGUCUGUGAUCGAAGAUUAUUUUCGAGAGCUGUAUAUGUAUCUUACUCACCAGCUUGAGAAGAAGAUGGGCCCGGGCGUUUUCAAUGUCACUCCAAUGGAGAUUUACCUGACCAUGCCGGCUAUCUGGUCUGACCAAGCACAGCUGGCGACUCAGAAAGCUGCAGAAGCUGCCGGGUUUGGGUCAAGGCCGUAUGACUCCAUCUAUAUGAUCAAGGAGCCUGAGGCUGCUGCAUUGUCCGCCAUCAAGCCGCAUUUGGGCCCAAAUGCCAUUGACCCUGUUCAGCCGGGAGAGGGUAUCCUGAUAUGUGACUGCGGAGGCGGUACAGUUGAUAUCACAACUUACAUCGUUCUAAAGUCUGAGCCCAAGCUAGAAUUUGAAGAGCUCUGUGUGGGUAUAGGAGGAAAAUGUGGAUCGACUUACAUCGAUCGUAACUUCAACCAGUGGAUGCAAGACACCUUUGGAGAGGAGUACACAUCUGUACCAAUGAGGUUACGUGGGCCAGGAAGCAGAUUUAUGAAUUCAUUUGAGAGUGCAAAGCGGAACUUUGGAGGCCCAAAUGAUGACCGAGGAGUAGAAGUUGGUCCUAUUCGAAUGGAUAUUGGGCCCAGCGUUCAUUACGACGAUGAUGAACUUGUGGUGAAGCUUUCCAAGUACGACAUGCAGCGACUGUUUGACCCAGUGGUGAAGGAAGUUAUUUCCCUGGUCAAGUCACAGGUCAAGGCGGCUGAAAAGAAGAAGAAAAGGAUUGAUCGACUCAUACUUGUUGGAGGAUUCGGCGACUCAGAUUACCUGAACACCAAGCUAGGUGACUGGUGUAAGGGGAAAAACAUCGGCUCCGUUACCUGUCCACCCGACUGUCAAGCCGCCAUCGUCAAAGGCGCGUGUCUGCGUGGUUUAGAGGGCCUGAAGCCCAUCAUCACCCACAACCGAGCGCAUUAUGGCUGGUCUUGGGGGAAGCGGUUCAGAAAAGGAAUCGACCCCGAAGCAAAUGCGUACACAGAUCCGCUCACCGGCGAGAAAAUGUGCAGCGGAAGAAUGGAAUGGGUUAUCCCCAAGGGUAAGCGGUUGGACGAAAACUUCAAGAUGAAAGCCGAUAUCCAGAGCACCUUCAAGCUCGGCCAGCCACUGAACGAGAACAUCACCAUGUUCUCCUGCACGAUGGACGAUCCGCCAGAGCGAGAAGACCACCACCGGGUCGUCAAAGUAGGAGAGAUAUCGCCAGCCUUUUCCACAUCCACGUUCAACGACUUCCAGACGCGGAAAAGCACUGCAGACGGACUGACGUAUCACCGCUUCAACUACACGAUAGAGGUGAAUUUCCGGUCCAAGGGGGUUAAUAACAACCUCGCCCUUUGCAACUCCAUCGCACGCCAGGCCCCUUUAACGCUGGGAGGCCUGCACUUCUGCUCCAGAGAUAUCUGCUGCCUCUCUCUCGUCCUGCUCGCUGCGGGAACUCGCCUGGCCAGAUCUGCUGUCUGGAUCUAUCUCCCUUGCCGUCACUCUUCCUGGCCACCCCCCGCCGCUAAGUACGAGUUUACCGAGCCCAGCAACACACAUCGACGCCGACGGAACAGCUACAGGGAGGCAUUCAGUGCUGGGGACAAGGCCGGAGCGGUCGCUAUGGCAUCGUCUGGCAGCCUGCGACAGGAGAAUGGUGUCCUGAACGAUAAUACCUCAGAACAAGCGGCGCAGCCUCACUCGAAGCAAGACGCCGACCCUGAUAUGGGUGAUUACUCAGAAGGUACGAAGAGUUCUAUUGUGCCUAGUGGUCUCCCCGAACGAUCUACGGAGUUGCCGGGCGAUAAAGUGUAUUCUGACACCGAUAAAGACGGCGCCGGUGAACGACCUGUCCGCCAGAAGCUAAAGGAGACUUCCAUUGCGGGCACAGGCGCUACACGGCAAGAUCAGGGAUCUGAAGAUUGUCAGAUGGCUCCUGAGAACGGUGAAUCGCAAGACAGGCGCGAGAACGACGUGGACACGGCCGAGCGCGGACGGCUGAAGAAGAAACGAUCUCUCGACGACCUGAUGAACGAAGACGGACAGGCCGAUCACUACGAAGAAAGUGGACAUAGAAGAAAACGAUCUAGGGACUCCAAGACCGAAGGCACCCCCGAAGUAGACGCGGAGCCACGGCCGCCCGCGAGCGAUUUGGAGAAGAUGAAGAGUCCGAAGAAAAAGCGUAGCAGGGACCAAUUCGACAAGGACUUGCAUCCAAAGUUGGACGAGGAGGGUGUUAAAGACAAGGACGAAUCUACGGAUGAACCACCAAAAGGUAAUGCCGAUUCAGAAAGCUUAGGAGCCUCGACGUCGCCAAAUAGUCGUGCAGUCAAGGGCGAACCGGAGAAGAAACGUCACCGUGACAACUCACAGGACAGACACACUGAGGAGUCACAGAACAUCACUGCUGCGUCCAAGACUGCAACCCCAAACCCAUUUUCCAACACAUCCACCACCUCGCCGUUCGCCUCCUUGGAUAAGUCAAAAGCAAGCCCUCCAAAGACAAAAGAUCAGCCAUCCAAGGCACAACAGACCACGAAUCCUUCCGCAUUUGCAGCCUCCAGCUUAGCCGCCUUUGCCGGGUCAGACAAGUCUCCGUUUGGCGCAAUCGGCGGCGGCACCUCUGUUUUCAAAGCCAAACCCACCCCCGAAGGAGAUGGUGAAAGUAAACCAAGCUCAAUCGGAUCUGGGGCGUCUCCAUUUGCUGCUGCCUCUGGGGCUUCACCAUUUGGCUCUUCGUUCGACGGAAGCGCAUUUGGAAAGAGCGCAUUUGCCAGUGGCUUUGCCGCCGCGGCCCCUAAGCCUGGGGAAAGGUUGACUAGCUUUGCAUCUCCGAAACCAACAGCGUUUGGCUCCGCCGUAUCUAAACCCAAGGUCUUCGGUGCGAAAGCCGAUGAUGAAGACGAGGACGAUGAGGAAGAGGAAGAGAAAGGAGAAACGUUCCAGGGCCUCGAGGAAGAGAAAGAGGACACACGUUUCUUUAAACAAGAGACUGAGACCGGAGAAGAAGGCGAAGAGACACACUUUACCGGCCGAGGCAAGCUAUUCCAUUUUACUGGAAGCGAAUGGAAAGAACGCGGCGUGGGCACAUUCAAGCUUAACGCAAAGAAGCCUUCUGAAGUAGAAGGUGACGAAGAAGAAGGUGGCAGCGCCGCUACCAAGUCUACAAAGAGGUCUGCCCGUUUCAUCAUGCGUACCGACGGUGUGUACCGAGUCAUAUUGAACAUCCCUCUGUAUAAAGGAAUGAAAGUGGGAGACCCAGAAGGCAACGAACCGACGGGGAAACAUGUGCAGAUUUCCGGAAUCGAAGACGGACGAACAGUUCCCCUUUUACUCAGGACAUCAAAUGCCGAUGCUGCCAGAGACCUUCAUGCAGCUGCUCAGGAGUUCCUGGCUCAACUGUAG